CGGCAACAGUCACAUUGGAUUAAACGUCUUCGAGUUAUCUGCUUUGCUGUCAUCUUUCUACUAUCGCCACCACAAUGCUAUGCCCAACAACAGAAAUUUCGCACCACACCGCACGACCUGCAGGUGCUGGAGGGUGCCGAGGCCAUGAUGCGUUGCGAGGUGGCCAAUCAGGCGGGUGCUGUGCAAUGGACAAAGGAUGGCUUCGCCCUGGGAUUUUCGGCCGUGAUACCGGGCUUUCCGCGCUACUCUGUGCUCGGUGAUCGUAAGCAAGGAGUCUAUAAUCUGCGUAUCUCAAAUGCAUCCAUAAACGAUGAUGCUGAAUAUCAGUGUCAGGUGGGACCAGCACGUCUCAAUUCGGCUAUACGAGCCAAUGCCAAGCUGACUGUUAUAUCACCACCGGCAUCAAUUGAAAUCAAGGGCUACAGUCACAACUCGAAGGUGGAAGUCCGCGAGAAUCAAGACCUGGCACUCAAGUGCAUUGUAGCCAAUGCUAAGCCCGCCGCCCAAAUUAUUUGGUAUCGCGGAAAUGUGGAAUAUAAACCAGAUAAGCGCGAUGACAAAGUGGAAGAGUCUACCCCCAAACGCUUUACAACAACCUCCAGCUUAAAACUGAAGCCAGGUGCCGAUGAUGAUUAUACGGAAUACUCCUGCCAGGCCAAGCACAAGGCUCUAUCGCCAGAUAUGCCAAUGCGAGCAACUGUGCAAUUGUCCGUGCUGUAUCCACCCGGCCCACCCUAUAUCGAGGGCUAUUCGCAGGGUGAAACCUUGCGGCGUGGCCAGCAUGUGGAGCUCAUAUGUCGCAGUCGUGGCGGUAAUCCUCCAGCCCAGCUCAUUUGGUACAAAAAUGGCUCUCAAAUACGCAUGGCUUACAGAACCUCUGGACGUCUUUCGGAAAACAUUUACACAUUCACUGCCGAGGCCGGUGACAAUAAGGCGCGCUUUCGUUGCGAGGCCAGCAAUGUGAUGUCACAAACACCACUCAAAGCGGAAGUUGAUUUGGCUGUAUUAUUUGCACCAUCACAUGUCACUGUGACAGGACCAACGGAGGCCAGGGUUGGCGACAUUGUGCCAUUAACUUGUACCACAGCACCAUCGAAUCCACCUGCCGAAAUUAAAUGGAUGGUGGGCGGACGUCAAAUACGUAAUGCCACAUCAAAGACCAUCGUCAGUCCGGAAGGUGGUUGGACAACCAGCUCCAACUUCACCACCACUGUUGAGCCCAAUAAGCGCUCAUUAGUGGUCAUAUGUCAUGGAUUGAAUAUGCAACUGACAGAAAACGUCGUCUCUACUCACACGAUCAAUGUCCUGUAUCCUCCCGCGCCGCCAUUAAUUUCGGGCUAUAUGGAAGGACAAAUUAUACCAGCUGGUUCGGUGCAAAAACUGCUUUGCGUUUCUUCUGGCGGCAAUCCGUUGGCAACGCUUACGUGGUACAAAAACGACAAAAGGAUCAACUCUAUUAUACGUACCGCGGACAAAUCUGUGUCAGCUGAAAUAACCAUUCUGGCGAAUGUCACCGACAACCAGGCACAAUAUCGGUGCGAAGCAGCGAAUAGUGCUACAGAAAUUCCACUAUUUGAGUCAACCACGCUAAGCGUGCACUUUGCGCCCGAGACGGUAAAAAUACGCAUUGAACCGGAAGAGCUGAGACCUGGCAUGGAGGCAACUAUCAUAUGCGACUCCAGUUCAAGCAACCCACCGGCAAAGCUAUCCUGGUGGAAGGAUGGUAUACCCAUCGAAGGCAUUAAUAAUACAUCCAAGCCAGGCCUCUGGAGCGGCACGGUCUCAACGCUGGAGUUCAAAGUAAACAUAACACAGGAAAUGAACGGCGUGGUCUACACAUGCCAGAGCGCCAACGAGGCGCUUCAGCGUAGCGUCCACGAGGCCAUCAGCCUAGAUGUGCUGUAUCGUCCAAAAUUUGUUCCGCCUCCCUCAUCGACUGCCGUCGGCGUAGAGGGUGAGUCCCUGCAGGUAUCACUCCAGGCCAACGGCAAUCCCAUGACGGUGGCCUACACGUGGACAAAAGACGGUGUUCCCAUACCGCAUGAGGCCAACGGCUCUGGCUCCGGCGAACUUCGCAUCUAUGCAGAUGGCGGCAAUCUCAACUUUACAAAGCUGCAUCGAGCCGAUGCCGGCAUCUACUCGUGCACGGCUACCAAUUCGCAGGGCAAGGCUAGUCUUAACAUUACAGUCGUGGUAGAGUAUGGCACCACAAUCAAGUCCAUAUCCGAGAAUGUCAUUGUCAAUCCCGGCGAGGAUGCGAUGCUAACCUGCAAUGUAGAGGGCAAGCCGUUGACCGAGGAGCAUGUGAAGUGGGAACGCGUCGGCUAUGACAUGACAGUGAAGACCUCGACAACGUUCUCCAAUGGUAGCUCCUAUCUGCAUAUUAAGAAUGCCCAGCGCGAGGAUGUCGGAAACUUUCGUUGCGUCGCAGACAAUCGCGUGGCCAACCCAACGAACCGUGAUAUCCUGUUAAUUGUGAAAUUUGCCCCCGAAAUUGCUAAGUCUCCGACACAAUUGCGCGCUGCAAGUGGCACGGGGGAACAGGGUCGCUUACCAUGCCGUGCUCAGGCCUCGCCCAAGCCGCAAUUCAUUUGGCGUCAGGAGAAAAAAGAGUUACCCAUCAAUCACACAUACAAAUAUGAGGUGGAGGAACGCAAGAUCGACUCGCUGACAUACGAGUCCUCAUUAAUAGUGGAGAAAGUGGCUCCAGCCGAUUACGGAGCCUAUGAGUGUGUGGCACGCAAUGAGUUGGGGGAAGAUGUAGAAACGGUGCGUUUGGAUAUAACGUCACAGCCCGAUUCGCCGCUUAGUCUGAACAUAUUAAAUGUAACGCACGAUUCGGUGACCGUAGCCUGGACACCGGGCUUCGAUGGCGGCCUAAAGGCUUCGUAUCGUGUGCGCUAUCGCAUGGUGGACCGUGAGCAGUACAGCUACAUCGAUGGACUGCCCAACAGCCACAAGCUGACCAUCAGCGGCCUGCGCAUGAACACGCUAUAUCUGUUCUCUGUGAUGGCCUACAAUGACUUGGGCAGCUCCCCAUAUCUGCCGGAUUUGGCGCGCGCUCAGACUAAAGAGGCACCGCCUCCCUCCCAACCAGCCUCCUCGCUGGGCGGUGGUCCGCCAACAACGAGCCAAACACCGCUGGGUGGACCGUCGGGCAUGCUGCUGGUCGGCGUUGCCGCCGGAAUCACGGUGGUGGUUCUCAAUGUGUUUGUCAUCGGCUGUUGUCUGCACAAGCGCAACGAGAAGCGCCUAAAGAGAGGAAUUGAACUUUUGCCAACUGAGUUAACGCAAGAUUCCAGCACCUCGAAUAUGGUCAUAAUUGGCAUAUCUUUGGCUGCAUUCGGCUUUUUGCUGGUCAAUGCAGCUCUAGUCGCUUGGUUCAUUGUCCAUCAGCGACGCAAAAAAGUGGCGGAAACUACAAAUCAGCCAGGAAAAACGGCCACCAUCGAGAUGUAUGCGCCAAGCUCGUACAAUGACACCGUUACCGGCGAGACACUCUCCAGUGUGUCCGAGAAGAGCGAGUCCUACUCCAAUGAGGGCAGUCAACCGGAAUAUAUUGACGAGGCACGCAAAAAAGCGGCAUCAACAUAUCUGGUCGAGAAUACGGACAUGCCACCGCCAAGAUAUCAAAAGGACGGCACACUGCCAACAUUAUAUCCAAAUAACAUGGUGAACGCCUGCACAUUGCCACACCCACGACACAAUAAUGGAAAUGCAAUUGUUGCAGCUGCCGCUGGUGUGCAUAUGUCGCGGGAUGAUCAGAUGCUCAUCAGCAAGGGCGUUUACAUUCCGUCCCCAUCGCCAGCACCGCCACCAGAUGGUUCCUAUUACAAUAUGAAUAGCGACAGAUAUCUGUCAUAUCCGCCGAUGGAAUAUCCCACAGCAAUGGAUUUUGGAACACCGCCUCUGCCUCUAACACAUCUACAACCAAUAACGGUCACCUCCCAGGCGGCGUUACUGGCCACCAAUGGGGGCGCCACCCUUAUUGGCAAUGGCACGGCCGGCGGCUCGGGCACACUACGUCGCGGCAUCUUGCGCGGCGUUGUGGGCGUACCACCGCCCGAUGUAACGCAUCACACAUCAGCCAUCACAAGCAUGAGCGGCGCUAGUCCUAUGCAAAUUCUGCACGAUUUGCAUCCCGUUAAUCUGAGUGCGACAACCCUAACCACCAGCACCACCCUCAAUGGCAGCAUGACGACGGCGCUGCCCAUUUCGACGGCCACACUACCCCGUCAGCCGCACAGCAUACUUAAGGAUCCCAAUCGGAAUAAGCAGCAACAACAGCAGCAGCAACAGUUGCUCAAUGCUAGUAUCGUUGGUGUGGGAGCACCGAUGGGCAGCCUCCAAAUCCUCAACCUGCCGCCUGCAUCGAUGGGUCUCGGCAGCAAUCUGCUGAUGACAACUAGCGCCACCUAUGAUCCGGCGACGCUGAGCAGCUUUAAUGGUUCUGCGGCGGGCGUUCCCGUCAGCUACACAGAUGCCGACGGGCAUCUCGUAUAGCUAUAGGCUGAGACUGGGGAUCACAUAGCCGAGCCCCGGUAUUGACUUGUACAAUUGCCCAGCCCGGCCGUAAACUGCAAGUUAAAUUCGCGUUCACACACAUAUGCAUUCUGCAAUUACAAAUGUGUACACCCACAUAUACAUACAUACAUGAAUGCAUACGUACAUAGUAUAUCCAUGAGUAGGAAGCUAUUAACUGUAUGUAUGUGUGCGUAGUUAGUCAGUUAGUUUAGGUGCUUCUCUAACAUUUGUUAUGCCCCAUCCAUCCAAGACUACCCUACUACUACUAUAACUACUACAAACCGCUGCCUUCGAUCCAGUGGUAACAUGAAAUGCAGCUCUUAACAACAACAAAAACAAUGUCGGUGAUGAUGAGAAAGGUACGCAUAUCUUUAUACUCGCAGUGGCAAAACCAAGUGCUCAUCUAGCCCGAGGCAGUAGCUUAAUGAAAAAGGUAUGACCAGAAUUUAAAAAGUGUAUGCACCAUAAAAACUGAUUACAAGUAGACUUCCAUUUUCAUCUCAAC